AUGUUCUCUUGGAUUUUUAUGUUUUGGUUCUUGCAAAUAAACAAAUUUGUCUCUGCUUUUACCUAUAAUAUCAGUAGUUGUUAUUACAAAAUCUCUGAAGAAUUUCACCAUGAAGGAGAUGUUGUGAUUGGUGCAUUUUUCCCACUUCACACAUUCCACUCUAGGAAGAAAAAGCCACAUUCAACUAUCCCAUAUUACUAUUUGGACAAUUACAUACAGUAUAACUUUAAGAACUACCAGUAUAUUCUCGCUCUGCAAUUUGCCAUUGAGGAGAUCAAUCGGAACCCCAAUCUUUUACCUAACAUAUCUCUUGGAUUCAAUUUCUACAAUGUCAGAUUCACUGGGAAGUACAUUCAUAGUAAUACUUUUAAUUGGCUCACAGCUCUUGGUUUGANAAAUUAUUUACCUAAUUACAAUUGUAAAAAGAGAAAUUUCACUGCUGCACUGACAGGAACAUCAUGGAUAAUAUCUGCCCAAAUUGCCACAUUGCUUCAACUCUUUAAAUUUCCACAGCUGAAAGAAUGGUUGAUCAAUAAUCCAAAUAUCAAAGNAAUACAUCAAAGCAACAUGGAGUACUCAUUCCAUGGAAGCAUAAUUUUUAAGCACAAUUACAGAGAGAAUGUUGAGUUUACCAAAUUUAUUCAAACAGUUAAUCCCAAUAAAUACCCAGAAGACAUUUAUCUUCCUAAGCUGUGGUAUUUGUUCUUCAAGUGCUCAUUUGCUGAUAUUAAUUGUCAUGUGUUGAACAACUGUCAAACCAAUGCUUCUUUGGAUGUAUUGCCUCGUCACAUAUUUGAUGUGGCCAUGAAUGCAGAGAGCACAAGUAUUUACAAUGGUGUGUAUGCUGUGGCUCACAGCCUCCAUGAGGUGAGAAUUCAGCAACUUCAAAGACAACCAUAUGAAAAUGGCAAGGGGAUGGUGUUCUUUCCAUGGCAGCUAAACACUUUCCUGAAGGAUAUUGAAGUGAAAGACAAAAGGAGUUUAGAUUGGAGACAGACAAUAGAUACAGAGUAUGACAUUCUUAACAUUUGGAAUUUACCAAAGGGUCUUGGAUUAAAAGUGAAAAUAGGAUCCUUUUCUGCAAAUGCUCCCCAAGGCCAACAGUUGUCUUUAUCUGAACAGAUGAUACAAUGGCCAGCAAUAUUUUCAGAGAUCCCUCAGUCUGUGUGCAGUGAGAGUUGUGGGCCUGGAUUCAGGAAAGUAACCCUGGAGGGCAAGGCCAUCUGCUGUUACAAGUGCACUCCUUGUGCAGACAAUGAGAUUUCUAAUGAGACAGAUGUAGACCAGUGUUUGAAGUGUCCAGAGAGAUAUUAUGCAAAUGCAGAGAACAGCAACUGCUUCGAAAAAUCUGUGAGUUUUCUGGCCUAUGAAGACCCCUUGGGGAUGGCAUUAGCAAGCAUAGCUUUGUGCUUAUCUUCACUCACUGCCUUUGUUAUUGGCAUCUUUGUGAAGCACAGAGACACUCCUAUUGUCAAGGCAAAUAAUCGAGCUCUGAGUUACAUUUUGCUCAUCACACUCACCUUCUGUUUCUUAUGUUCUAUGAACUUUAUUGGUAAGCCAAACCCAGCUGCCUGCAUCCUCCAGCAGACCACAUUUGCAGUUGCUUUCACUAUGGCUCUUGCUACUGUGUUGGCCAAAGCUAUCACUGUGGUCCUUGCCUUUAAGGUCAGUUUUCCAGGGAGAAUGGUAAGGUGGCUAAUGGUAUCAAGGGGUCCAAACUACAUCAUUCCUAUCUGCACCGUGAUCCAACUUCUCAUUUGUGGAAUAUGGAUGGCAACAUCUCCACCAUUCAUUGACCAAGAUGCUCAUACAGAAUAUGGACACGUCAUCAUUUUGUGCAACAAGGGCUCAGCUGUUGCCUUUCAUUCAGUCCUCGGAUACCACUGCUUAAUGGCCCUUGGGAGUUAUGCCAUGGCCUUCUUGUCUAGGAAUUUGCCAGAUACAUUCAAUGAAUCCAAAUUUCUGUCAUUCAGUAUGCUGGUGUUCUUCUGUGUCUGGGUCACCUUUCUUCCUGUCUACCACAGCACUAAAGGGAAGGUCAUGGUNGCNAUGGAAGUAUUCUCUAUCUUGGCUUCCAGCACAGCUCUCCUUGCCUUCAUAUUUGGUCCCAAGUGUUACAUUAUCUUGUUGAGACCAGACAAGAAUUCAUUUAGUCAUAUCAGGAAGAAAACACCCUCUAAAAGGAAGAUCUUCUUCCUGAAAUAUCAAAAUGUUUAG